CGAGAAAGAACUCGGUCAACUCACUCUCUUGGCCUGGAGAAACUACGAGCGCAAGAUGAUCACAUCCCUCGCAAUUCUAAAGGACAAUUCAGUAUAUGCAACUAUAUAUGUUUCUUAAAUCGGGGCCUAAGUAUCAACGCUUCUCUCCGCCGCCAUUACACCGCUCUGCUAGUUUUAGUGCGUGGAGAAAUCUUUAUUUUAUCAGUCGGUCAAAUGCUGCAGUGCCUUUCUCUCAAGUCACCAUUGGCAGCUUCAGCAUCGCAACUAAACUCACCUACCACAACCAUCGAUCUCCACCACUAUAAUGGUCCUUCGCCUUCUCAAGCUGGAACCUCGAUGGAUGGGACGCCGUUGUCGAGCACAUUGCAUUCCCCCACUGUUAACGUCACUCACGAAUACACCCUCGCCGUUCAAUCUAAUUCCUACAACGAGAUAUGGUCCAGGAUUCAUGUCUCUAGCCCUCAGGAACUUGACGAAGAACAAAUUGAGUUUCGCUCUAACAAUGACGAUGAGGAGGCUCGCCAGAUGCAGUUGGCACAGGUUCUUCAACCAAACCGUGAAUGCGUGGAGGAGGCUCUCCGCGAUGCCAGGCCCAACACCCUUACCCGCCUGUUCUCCAACUACUUUGAGCAUAGUGAAAACACUACCCACCUCUGCCUUCUCCUCCAGCGAAGUGUAUAUCGUGCCCGUGCUCUGUAUGAUCCUUUCCAUAAGCUCCUUGACGUCCUUCCCCUAGAUUCAGACUACCUUACUCAAUCACAAUGCAAUUACGCCUAUGAGAUUUUUCUCCAAUUUGAUCGUUUUGGCAAUCCUUUCCCUUGCCGGGAUUCUCAUAACUUCCAGGAUAUACGCCACAGCUUUUCGCAACUCAGUCAACAACUAGAUCACCGACUUCGAAAGUCCCGCUCUAGAGUCAGACUAGUUCGCCGAGCCACCGCUGCUUCUGUCCUUUGCAUUAUCGGUUCCGUUGUAACUGUUACUUUUGCUGCUGUGGCGAUAGCAACUCAUACCCUUGUUGCCAUUGUCGCCUGCCCCUUUUGCACCGUCAUAAACCUUCCUCGAAAGCUCACUAAGAAAGAGCAUGAACAUGCCAAGCAACUUGAUGCUGCAGCUAGGGGAACUUAUGUACUAAACAAAGAUCUUGAUACUAUCGACCGCGUUGUUGCUUGUCUUUAUGAUUCUAUUGAGAGUGAUAAGCAUCUUAUUCGGCUGGGACUGGAAAGGGGUAAUGACAAGCAUGCCAUUUCAGAGGUAUUGAAACUACUCCAAAAAAGACAUCUCAAAUUUAUUGAGCAGCUUAAAGAUCUUGAGGAACGUAUAUGCCUCUGCUUUAAUGCUGUCAAUAAGGCAAGGUCUCUUCUCCUGCGAGAGAUCCAUGUUUAUCAAACUUCUAUUCCCUAACUAGCAACCAAUUGAAGUCUAGCUUUGGAUUUCAUAUGCUUACCAUAAUCAAUUUGUAUAAACCCAUACAAGGAUCUUGUACUCCUAACAAAGAAAGAAGCCUUUGCUUCCAUUUUUUUAACAGUAAGCACUGGGGGAGCCAAUGCACUUUGUACACCUAACAUAUUAUGUCUCAAAAAACUUUGUGAUUUGAGGAAUUUUUGCAUCUGAAUCAUUGAAUUACAAUGCCUUGUUGUUCCGUCA